UUCACCAUGAUCUUGGCAAGCAUUAAGUCUUUCCUCUUCUUCGCUCUAGCUCUCAACACCAACGUUCUCUGCGUUCCACCGUGGAACGCGCUGCCCCCUCAAACCAACGGAUGGAGUUCGCCCAACAAUUACACGUCGCACGAUCAACCAGAUGAAUUGGACGAGGAUAGGAUCUUCGGCGGAGAAUACGCGAUGCAAAAUCAAUUUCCAUUCAUGGCCGUGGUGCAUCAAUUGAGGGGCAAUGGGAGAAUCUCGCAGUGCGGCGGAACCAUAAUUUCAUCAAGAUGGGUUUUGACAGCGGGCCACUGCGUGGCCUCGGGCCCUUACCAAUUCCUCGUGGUUUUCGGUACCCGUGACAAAACCGGUAUUGCGUAUAAUUUCUAUCAAGGACCCGGGGUGGCCAUGUUAACGACCCAGGCUGUGCUUCACCCCGGCUACAGAACAACCGUGAACGACAUCGCGUUGUUGCACAUGCCGCAGAAUAUACCGUUCGGAAACAGCAUUCGACCUAUCCAAUUGGCGGGCAACAGAUACGCGGAUGAGACAUUCGCCGAUAAAACGGGGAUGGUGAUCGGAUGGGGAAAGGACGGGCCGAUUGGGACUGGAACGAAGAGGCUGAAGUAUACCGAUGUACCGAUUAUCUCGAAUUACGAAUGCUCCAUGUUCUGGCCUGUCACGGAGUCGCACGUGUGUACUUCGGCCGCUUACGAUCAAGACGCGUGUCAGGGCGACAGCGGUGGUCCACUGAUCGUGAUGAAAAAUAGGAAGCCUGUUCAAAUUGGAAUCGUAAGCUACGGAGACGGAAAUUGCCCUAGCAGCAAACCAGGAGUGUUCACGAGAGUCUCCAGUUUCGUCGAUUGGAUCGAAGAAGUUACCAACAUUCGUUUGUGAAGGAUAAUUCAUGAUAUAUUAUAUUGUCAGGAUUAUAAGUUUUGUAACGGAAUCGUGUAUCGUGUAUAAAUGUACUUCUAUAGAGACGAUUGGCGAUAAUUGUAUCUCGUAUAUCUAUUAUAAU